GGCUGGGUUCAGAUUUACAAAUAAAAAGUCAAUUUACAGAUUGAAGUGCAUAUUUGUACUUAGAAAUAAUAAUAAUUGCUAGAAUUGAAGUUCAUUGGCAGGAAUUAAAUUUCAUUUAUUGAGUAAAAAUUAGUUGAGUUGCCUUGACCUUGAAAUAAGGACAAAGUGGCUUGCAGAUGUGAGAAAAUGCGAGCUUAAUGUGGAACUGACAUUUUGACAAAAGCUGCAGGGAAAUUGAAAUACUGAGAGAGAAAAAUUGUGCCAUUGGCCCUCAUAUUUGAGGUUACUUUCAGAUUUAACAGUGUUACUGGAUUAAGAAGCUGUGUAGCAGUUGGUGCUGUUAUUUUUAGGUGCGUGGUUACAGACUUUUUAUGUGAGGUUUUGAAAGUCAAGUAAGCAACUGUAUUCAGAGAAGAUGUGAAAACUGUUCGCUGCCUUCAUAAGAACUAAUCUUGAAAUUUUAUGUGUGACUCUUGGACUCAUAGCAACAUUUAAAGAAUGCAUCUAUUGUAUUGUCAGAUAGGUACAAUGUAGCAUAGCCAUCUUGUUGGAAUGACUUGCUGAGGUCUUCAGAUAGAUGCAGUAACAUAUGGCAUGAUCAGUGGUCUUCAGACGGAUGCUGUUAAAAGCUUACUGCUCGGAGGUCUUCAAACUGAUACUGUACUAUUUUGACAUCCCGAUCUUCAUAUGAAUGCUGUUACAUUUUAACUGAUAGUCAAAUUGUUGUCCAUUAACAGCAAGCAUGGCAAAUGUGUGUUUGAAAAUGUGCAAUUCUAUGUACCAGAUUCCGACCCGGAUACUAUGCCUGGUGCUACUCCUUCUGCAGGGUGUGGUCUUGGACUAUUACCUAGUCAAACACAAGAACAAAUAUUGGGCUUCAUGGAUUGUUGCUGAUAUUGCAGUCAUUGUAGUCUUUGUCACGGCAUUUAUAAUAUCGUACAGGCAUUUACAAGUUGCAAAGGAUGCAGUCGUUAAAAACACUCCUGUGCAGACUGGUGCGUUACCACUUGGCUAUCUAGCAUGGUUUGUUUAUAGUGGUUUCCUGGCAACAAGGGUGGCCAUUAUUUUUAAAGAUUUUGCUUUCCAGCUGAAAGAGGAAGACUUUUUCGGACCAAACACGCUAAAAAUUAACAUCUCUUUGGCAGCUUUUGUCUUUAUGCUGUUACUUCUUUGUCAUCACGAUGCAGAAGUCGACUCGGAACGGAAGCAUGUGAUUGUUGAGCUGACUGGUACGGUCGUUUUUGACGUUUUAGACUCGGUAGAUGUCCUUGACAUUUUAUUUGAUAAAGAGGCUAUUGAGGAUUUUACUGCUCAUAUGGAUACUGCAAUAAUUGUCAUAGCGUGUAUUAAUCUAGUUCUGCCAACCUUGCCUUUGAUGACCUUGAGUCGCAUGCAUUACGGACACAGACGUGCUCCGCGAGAAAUUUCAAUGCUACAUAAAUUGCUGCUGGUGUUUCUGGUGAAUCUUCCACUGCUAAUUAUUCGAUUACUCCUUUGGCACCUCUUGAGUAAAGAUAUCUCGAUAUUCCCAAUGAAGAACGUGGUAGUCAUAUUUCUGGUGUUUCAUGAUCUGUAUGAGAAGAGGAGAGAAGAACUGGAUAGGGAGGAGAUGAUGGAAGUUGAUGGAGAGGCCACAGAGCUAAAUGAAGUGAAUAGUCAGUGAAGAGACUUUGUUGUCAAGAAUAGAGCAUUUGAAAAAAUGCCUUUAAAAGUUAGUAAUUUGUAACUUUAAAGACUAGUACUUGCGCAACAUUAGGAUUGUUAUUUAGCUCGACUAUACGAAGUAUAAGGAAAGCUAUCCUACUCGCCCCGGCGUCGGCGUCUUUCCGCGUCCCCAUCUUGGUUAAAGUUUUGGUGCACUUUCUCUUUUUUUCAAAUUAUCACUGUAAUUACUUGAUGGAUUUGAUUCAAACUUGAAAUACUUAUUCCUCAUCAUCAUCCACAUCAUCUGACAUAAGGGCCAUAACUCUGGCACCAAUAUUUCAUGAAUUAUCCCCCCUUUUCACUUAGAUUUUCAGGUUAAAGUUUUGAUGCACUUUCACUCUACCGUAUUUUGGUGCGUAUAGGUCGCACUUUUUCUACCCAUUUUGCUGCCUGAAAAAGUUCCUGCAACCUAGACGACAGAACAUUGCCAGCAGAAAUUUUUUUCGGGCCAAUUUUCUGACCGUAGCUCUCGCAAAAUUACGUGCAUUUGUUACAAAUGAACAAAAUGGAUAAAAAGUAUCAAUAUCGACGGCUUUUCAACCAAUAGCGGUUAUUUUCAAUAAAAUAUAUCGUAAAUAACCCAUACAGACUAUUGAAAUUACGAAUGACUUUAAUUCAAUGAUGUUUUUGAAGUUUGAAUUACGUUAGUUUCUACUUUCAUUUUACUGGACGCCAUGACAGGUACAUGUACUCCGGGUUGGAUAAAAUCCGGACAGAUCCGUCCUCCAUUCCAAACAUUGUUUAUACUAAUUCUUAGCGUAAUAAAAAACUCGAAAGAUAUUUUUUUUACUUUUAAUUUUUAAAUAAUAAAAAAAACCUCCAAAAAGAGAUAUUUUUGUUUGUCUGUUCAUCACUCUUUCGUAUAUUUAAUUAACUCCUACAGUUUCCACCCAAUUGAAAUAAAACUUUGGUCACAUUAUCAACAUGAAGCCAACAUGCAUAUUUACAUGUACCGUCAGUUCUUACAAAUUUUCUGAUUUUCUUUGCUGGAGUUAUGGCCACUUUUUGAAGUUUGAUGUGUUGCAAUUGUAUCUUUAAUGUUGCAACUACACCGCAACAUUGUGUAACUCCUUCUUUUACUGAAACACAAUCAAAAUGAAGUUUACAUGAGCAGAUUAUCGACAGCUUUAUAUCCAACAAUUUCUGGGGUUAUGGCCCUUUUUAUUGCUUUGAAAUAUUACAACUAAAUUUGAACAUUCUGUAUUCAACUUCUACAGUUUCCAUCCAAUUAAAACAAAACCAGAUAUACAUUAUCAGCAUUAAGUGGACAAUUCCAUGUGUGUAUUUUCAGCACUUUCAUUUUAGAUUAUUUUUUUUGAGUUAUGGCCAUCAUUUGGAUAUGUAUUAUAACCAUUUUUUCUCACUGAGAAUUAGACAUAAUCUUUUCUUGUGAUUGAAUAAUGUGAACACAGUUACUAGCGCAUGUUUUGUGCAAUCAUGCAUUAAGUUUCUUUUAUCAGUUGUGGCUCUUUUGAAUUGACGAACGUUUUCACAACAUAAAAAAUGAGAUGGUCAUGAACGAACUUGGAGAAUUUCUAUAGAGGUCUGCUUCAGCUGAAAAUAUGUACAUGUAGCUUAUUGACAAUUUGAAAAUGCCAUUUUUAUAUUGAUAAAACAAAUUAUUAACAUGUAUGGAUGAAGCUGUGCCUAGAAAUAAAAUUAUAACUUGAUUUUUUUCAUAGCAAAAAGCUGGUUGACUUUGUAUUGUUACAUUUUACUUUGGUUGGUGGAAAGCUGGAGGCAAGGGGGAUGCAGGAUCUGUGUCCAAGUGGUUAAGGUCGCUGACUUCAAAUCUCUUGCCCCUCAUCGAUGGGGUUCAAGCCUCACUGGGGGUGUUGAAUUCUUCAUGUGAGUCCAGCUGGCUUACAGAAGGUUGGUGGCUCUACCCAGCCCAGGCACCCGCCUGUGAUGAAAUAAUGCAGGGAGGGGCACCUUGGGUCUUCCUCCACCAGCAAAGCUGGCCAUAUGACCUAUAAUUGUGUCGGUGCGAUGUUAAGCCCAUCAAAAUAAAUAAAUUGCUUUGUGGGUGUUCGAAGGGGGAGUAAGGCGGUGGAAGUGGACAAGUUCCUCUCUACAUUAAAAAUUGCUGACAAUACUUUUUAUUUAAUCUUGUAAGGGGAGCUAAAUCUGGCUUGUUCAGAGUGUUUAUACAGUGGUUAUUUAUUAGACUAGCUCCUAGACUAUGAUAUAUCUUUUUACAUUUUUAUGAUUGAAUGUAGUGAACUGAACCAGUCUAUAUCCUAUGUCCAAUAUCAUAUGAUAAUUUCAACAUCAGUCCUGUGUGAAAAUCUCUAAAAUAGACUGGCUUUUGUCUCUAUGAAAUUGAAUUCGUCAAAAAAGGGAAAAAUAUAGAAAUAUAGUUAUUAUCAGUCUAGUGGCUAGUCUAGUUAUUUCUCACUGUGAUAUACUUGCUUUCAAAAGCAGAAAAAUAGUAUUAUUUCUAUAUCACGAAAAUGUUUUGUAAGAAAUCGGCCAAGAAUCCUAUAAAAAUAUUUUUCAUAGGUAAUUAUACAUGUUUUGUUGUAUUAGAAACAUAAAGGCAUAUUGCUGUAUGAAAAUAGAAAAUGAUGAGCUUUUAUGUUUCAAAUAUUAAUACUAAUAUGAUGAAAUUUUGUUGUGUUGUAUAAGAUUAUUUUUUUGAUACUUGCAGUUUUUACAGAAACCUAAAGUAUUGAAGGAAUAUUUAAGAAAAAUACUGUAUAUCAGAUAUGUAUUAUAUAUAUUAUUUAUCCAUUUUUAUGUUCUUUAUCCAAGUGGACAUUGUUGGUGGUAAUAAAUGUUCAUUAAGCAGUGAUUCUCUCUCUCUUUUUUUUUAUUCUGUAAAUCUCUUAAAUGUACCAUAGGUUGUUUUUUUUUUUAUUGAUAAGUACUUUAAAUCAGCAGUGUUCUUUUAUUUGCAAUAUUAGUGUCUUUUCUAAUUUUGAUAUUUUAUAUAACAUUUCUUUCAAGAUCUGUUGCAGUAUUUUUUAUGAAUGCAAUAUUUGUUUAUUUUUAACUUCAUUUCCAUUGUUAAUUGUAUCCAUUAGUGUAUUACUAUUCACUAUUGUUUGUGGCCUUGUAGAUCUAUACAUUACUUCUGCAUUCAUAUAAUGUAAUAUGAGCUGCACCAUGAGAAAACCAACAUAGUGCGUUUGUGACCAGCAUGGAUCCAGACCAGCCUGCACAUCCGAGCACUCUGGUCAGGAUCCAUGCUGUUCGCUAACGGUUUAAGUAAUUGCAAUAGGCUUUGAAAGCAAACAGCAUGGAUCCUGACCAGACUGCGGGGAUGUGCAGGCUGGUCUGGAUCCAUGCUGUUAACAAAUUAAAGCCACUAUGUUGGUUUUCUCAUGGCGCAGCUCAAUAUUAUGUUUAUAUUUAUUGGUUUGUUUGAAAUCUCUGUUAUCUUACUUAGUUUAAAGUGUUUAUUUGCUUUGAAGAGUUUUGUUUCCUGUUAUGAUUUUGUAAACUGAUUCAUUACUGUAACAGUUACAUUAGUUUUUAUUGUACAUAAUUUUCAAUGUUAAAUGUACAGUCAAAUCCGUGUUAAGCAGCCAGCUAAAGAUGUGGCACAGUUAGUUUACUUAAGGCAGGUAUUGAAAUUUGAACAAAAAAGCCAUUUUGAAAAGUAAGCUGUCUGGCUGUCUAAGGCAAGUAGCUGCUUAAUACAGGUGCCGGCUAAGGCAGGUUCAACUCUAUGCAAAAUAUACUGUGAAAUCAUUAAUUUUUGUGGUUGUGACAAUCCACAGGAUUAAAUCAGAAUGAACGAUCAAAUUUCCCAUUCAUUUUAUCUUCAAAGGUUUAAAAAUUAUCCAACUGAAAUUUCCAUUUUUGCCAAAAUCAGUGCUGGCCGCAUGUAGUUCUAUCUUUGCGACCAGUGCAGACCAAGAUCGGCCUGCACAUCCGUGCUGUCUGAUCUUGGUCUGCACUGUUUGCUGUUCAGUCAGUAUAAUUUCAGUGAAAACCCUUUUCAAAUAAUAAAUGGUACUGCCCAAAUAGAAUGAUAGACUAGUCCACUUUAGAAAUUUAGCAGGGUACAGGUUCAUGCCCAUGAAAUUAAAUGAUUUCACAGUGGUUGUACAUGUUAUGACCUUUCUGUGUGAUGCAACAAAAUACCACACAUAAUGAUUGUGUUCAUACAGUGCCUUAUUAUUAUAUUAAGCACUUACAAAGUGCCUACUAGUAUGUUGUUAUCUUUUUGCAGUAAUUCCUCAUUUUUUGUCAGGCAAAAGUAUUUUGCAUAUCAGUUAAAACCAUUGUUUAUAUCAUAUUUGGUUAAUGUAUGUUGAUACAUAAAUCAUUUAAGCCAAAAGUAGUAUGUAACAGGCAAAGGUUGGAGGCAAAUGUUUGUCAUUUUUACUUCAAUUUUUUGUUUAAAGAUAUUUUGUCUUGUAGACAGUCAUGAUAUAAUCAUUAGAAAAAUUUAUCUCUUUACAAUUGACUUUGUUGUAAACUUGUUGAUAUUGACUUUUACUUGUACCGGUAUAACGGUCCGUUUUCCCCAGAUUGUUUUUUCUCCGAGGCAGGAGGUGGGGUGGGGGCAGGGAGCCAACUUGUUGAUUUCUUUCCCUGGGAAACAUACGUCAUCUUAUUUUAAUCUCAUUGUUUACUUGUAUAUGAUAUCACUUCAUUCCUGUACUCUUUGGGUUAGAAAUACAUAACAUUGAUGUUUUACAUUUAUUUGAUGCACUUGUAAUUUUUAUGCACCAUUUUGUUAUACAAGUCCCAAGAAAUCAGGAAUUAGUACACCCUUGAGUCAAUAUUGUAUUCGUUGUUCUAUGUCAUACUAUAUAUAUGGCAUGUAUGAGUUCUUAUUUCAGCACUUGUUAAUUUUAUAGAGAAUAUUACAUGGGUGCCUUUUCAUAUUGAAUUUAUUAAACGAGUUGAAUAAAAUGAUAAAAUGCGAGGCUCUGCAUUAAUAAAUUCAAUCUGGAAAGUCACAAAUGUAAUAUUCUUUUUAUCACAUGUUAUCAUUUCCUGUCGAAACAUCAACAAAUCUACUUUCUUUUACUAUAUAAACAAGUCAAUUUGACCAACGUCUCCUGUACUGUAAAUGACGUCAACGUCAAAGCUUUAUUACACUAGUGUAUUAUCAUUUUUAUGCCCCCGAAGGGAGGCAUAUAGUUUUUGAACCGUCUGUCAGUCUGUCUGCAAUUUUCGUGUCCGGUCCAUAUCUUUGUCAUCCAUGGAUGGAUUUUCAAAUAACUUGGCAUGAAUGUGUACCACAGUAAGACGACUUGUCACGCGCAAGACCCAGGUCCGUAGCUCAAAGGUCAAGGUCACACUUAGAUGUUAAAGGUCAUUUUUCAUGAUAGUGCAUUCGUGUCCAGUCCAUAUCUUUGUCAUCCAUGGAUGGAUUUUCAAAUAACAUGACAUGAAUGUGUACCACAGUAAGACGACAUGUUGCGCGCAAGACCCAGGUCCGUAGCUCAAAGGUCAAGGUCACAUUUAGACGUUAAAGGUCAUUUUUCAUGAUAGUGCAUUCGUGUCCGGUCCAUAUCUUUGUCAUCCAUGGAUGGAUUUUCAAAUAACUUGGCAUGAAUGUGUACCACAGUAAGACGACGUGUCACGCGCAAGACCCAGGUCCGUAGCUCAAAGGUCAAGGUCACACUUAGACGUUAAAGGUCAUAUUUCAUGAUAGUGCAUUGAUGGGCGUGUCCGGUCCAUAUCUUUGUCAUUCAUGCAUGGAUUUUAAAAUUAUUGGGCAUGAAUGUGUACCACAGUAAGACGACGUGUCGCACGCAAGACCCAUGUCCGUAGACCAAAGGUCCUUAACUCUAACAUGGGCCAUAACUAUUCAUUCAAAGUGCCAUCGGGGGCAUGUGUCAUCCUAUGGAGACAGCUCUUGUUAUUUAAUGGCUUUAUUACACUCCCACGACGUCAAACAUGUGAUAAACUGUUUUCUGAUAUUUGCAUUUUGUUCAAGGUUUUGCUUUUAAAUCUCACUGUAUAUAAAACUUUUUAAUUUACUCCUUUGUUCUGCACUGUUUCUCAUGGCACAUUUUGAAAUGCUGUAUACAAGGCAUAUUGUUCAUUUUUAGCUCAUCUGAGCACUGAGUUCUCAAGGUGAGCUAUUGAGAUCAACCUGACUGUCAACACUCCAGAAGUCAAAAUUUUAGCCCAGUUUUAAUGAAACUUGGUCAGAAUGUUUACCUUGAAAAAAAAACAAGAUGAGAUUGUUACUGGGGUCAGAAACUAGGUCACUAGUUCAGUUAAUAGGAAAGCCUUGUUAAAACUCUGGAGGCUACAUUUUUUACCUCACCAUAAUCAAACUGUCAGAAUGUUUUCUCUGUGAAACCAAGGACAUGUUCAAUGCUUCAUUACUACAUGUGUAGGUCACCAGGUCAGAUCAGAGAAAAACCAAACCUUGUUAACUCUGUAGAGGCCACAUUCUCUGUUUGAUCUUAGAAAGCUUUCUUAAAUAUGUUUAUCUCUAUGAAAUCUAUGUUAAGUUUAAAUUUGGGUUACAAGAGAUUGAAAACUAGGACAAUAGGUCAAAUCAUAGGGAAAAAAAUUGUUAUCACUCCAGAGGCCACAUUUUCUAUAUGAUAUUCAUGAAACUUUUGUCUCUAAAGCAUAAGUCAGAUUUAAAACUGGAUUACCUAAGGUCAAAAACUGGAUCACUACGUCAAAACAUAGAAAACCCUUGUUUACUCAUUAGAGUAACAUUUUCUGUCUUAACUACGUUGAAUCAUAAAAAAAAAAAACUUCUUAAUACUCAGAGGCCAAAUUUUCAGCUUUAUUUUCAUAAAACUGUCAGAAUGUUUAUCUCAAAGAAAUCUAGGCCAAAUUAGGUAGUAGGAUAUCUGGUUAAAAACUGGGUCAGGUGAGCGAUACACAGCCUUCAUGGCCCCCAUGUUUGAACAGUGGUGCCAUAAUCAUCUGCUAAAUACAAUUACAAAUUAUACUCUAGUCUUCAUUUUUGAAUUUAGCUUUUGAUACUUUUAAAAUUGUUAUUCAUUCCUUCAUUUAAAGUUUCUUGUAUUUUCAGACAUAUUCAUUCAUGCAUUUAAGUUUUGAUAUUUACGCUAUUAUUCAUUGAAACUCUCAUUAAUUUAUCUUAUAAAUAUAUAAUGUAUUUGUUGUCUAGUCUCUAACCCUUACUGUGAAAACAGUAAUAUUCAUCAUAUUUGUUCGAAUGGUCCUGCUUAAUGGAUUUUAGGGGCUGCAUCAUCUCUGACAUGAAUUUCUUAUGUAUUGAUAUAUCUAAAAUGUUAAUGCUUGACUUGAGAAGCAUAUACUUACUGAGAUUUAUAUUGACUGAUGCCUCUCUGAUUUUCUAUCUAGAAAUAUCUUUUUAUUCUACACUGAGGACUAUUUGGUAUAUACUUUAUCCUGUUUAUUCAGAAUUUGAUUAUUUUGCUGAAUUGUUGUCAUGCUACAUGUAAUUCAUACCAGUGAUAAAAGUUUGUCCUUGUGACAUAUUUCUUUAGUGGCAUCUUCGAGGGCACAGAGCUUUUAAGUCCUGAUCUCUAUGGCUGCGUUUGGGAUGCUUUGUUCUUCCAGGAAAUCUACCCUUACCUUUCAUAUUUAAUGCACAUUUCAGCACCUUUUUUCCCCAAAACACAAUUCUUACCAUUCAUGAUGCAGUGUGUCAAACUCUGUCCCUAUUGUUACCUGUCUGGUCCAUAAAUCUGACAUCCAUCAAAAGGAUUUUAAUAUUACUUUGCACCAAUGUUCCCCAUAAUGAGAGGAUGUGUCAUGCUCAACAUUCUGGCCCUAAUUUCUCGGGAAAAAACUUAAGUAAUUACUUAGUUAUGUCUGUUAUUUUAAAAUCGUGCUAUUGCUUAAGUUAUUGUUAUUUAAUGUUGAUUGUUUCUAUAACAAUGUAUUUAUAACUAAAUUAUACUAUGGUUAGUAGUAUUUGUUGACAACUCUUAUUCCAGUCAGGCAAAUAUGAUAUUUCUGUUUAAGCAUGAUAUAACAAACUUAAGUAUUUGCUUAAGAAUAUUUCUUAUUUCUAUACUUUGUUUCAAGUAAAAUUCAGAAUUGUUGCGUUUUGAUCUAUAGAUGAAAUAGUCAUACAUGGUUCUAAUAUAGAUGAAAAAGUCAACAUUGAAGACACAUAUAGGUAAAAAAAGACUUAGUUAAGCAAUUACUUAAUUUAUUUCAUGAAUUUUUGCGGCCAGAUCCCAAGCUCAAAGGUCAAGGUCACACUUGAAGGUCAUAUGUCAACAUUGAUCUUUUCCUGUAUGUCCGUAAAUUAUUUUAGGACACUUUUCUUUUCCUAUCUAGCUUUUUUCGUCCAUGCAUGGAUAUUUAAAUAACUUUUUGUAAAUAUUCAACAUAGUAAGCCCAUGUGUCAUAUGGACCUAAUUUACCCAUAGCCUGCUGGCGGCAAGUGAUUCUGCCCUUGCGACCAGUGCAGACCAAGACCAGCCUGCACAUCAAUGCAGUCUGAUCAUGGUCUGCACUGUUCGCAAUUCAGUCAGUAUCUUUCUGGUAAGCACCCCUUUUAUAACAGUUAAUGGUACUGUCCUAUUGAAAGAUGUACAAGUUCAUUAUAGAAAUUUAGCAGGGUAAGGGUUAAAAAACAGUAUUGUAUUUUCUUCCGAAUUACUUCCCCUUAAUAAGAUGAAGUAUUUCCUAAAAUUCUUUCAGUUACUUUCCCACAAUUUAAAAAUGAAAUGUUAUUAAAAAUACUUUUUAUAUCAAUAAAUAAUACCUUUGUACAGGCAAUUUACAAAUAUAAAUGCAAACUGUGUGUUAUAUAAUACAACAUUGUAUAUACAACAUUGACAGAUACUAUAUCAUUAGGCUAUUGAUAAUAAUUGCAGUCACCUUCCAGUUGGGGACUUUGUAUUGCAUUGCAUGUACUCUGUUCACUUGUCUGUUUUGAAUCAGUCAUCAACAAUCCAUUUUACUUCGGUGUUUUCCAUUGUAAAUAUCAGUCAACAAAGGCCACACAUAAAAAAUUAUGAUUUUGGUCUGUUUAUUGCUAGUCUUACACAGCUUUCAGAAUGUCUUUCAUAGCUAACAAUCAUUAAUCAAUAAUUGAGCCAUGCCAUGAGAAAACCAACAUAGUGGGUUUGCGACCAGCAUGGAUCCAGACCAGCCUGCGCAUCCGCGCAGUCUGGUCAGGCUCCAUGCUGUUCGCUUUUAAAGCCUAUUGGAAUUGGAGAAACUGUUAGCGAACAGCAUGGAUCCUGACCAGACUGCGCGGAUGCGCAGGCUGGUCUGGAUCCAUGCUGGUCGCAUACCCACUAUGUUGGUUUUCCCAUGGCACGGCUCAAUUUAUGUUAAAAAAUCUCCUCACCUUCCCAAAUGUUCAAGUGCCAUGUUGAUCAAAUAAGACAUUAGGAUAAGAAUGAUUGAUAAUUUCGUCUCUUGCAAACUUAUGAACUUACAUAGUUUCGGUUAAACGUUUAUACACAAGAAGUAUUAUUGCUAAAUGAUUAUAUGAGCCGUGCCAUGGGAAAACCAACAUAGUGGGUGUGCGACCAGCAUGGAUCCAGGCCAGCCUGCGCAUCCGCGCAGUCUGGUCAGGAUCCAUGCUGUUCGCUAACAGUUUCUUUAAUUCCAAUAGGCUUUAAAAGCGAACAGCAUGGAGCCUGACCAGACUGCGCGGAUGCGCAGGCUGGUCUGGAUCCAUGCUGGUCGCAAACCCACUAUGUUGAUUUUCUCAUGGCACGGCUCAUAUCAUUUAUAGGUGCUUUCCUUUCUUGCCGGAAUGAAAAAGCUCAGUUAUAAACCAAAGCAGGGUUGUUUACAUUCCUUGUUAUGUGCUGUUUUUUUCAUCACUUUUCUAAACUUGACAUUGUACUUUUUGAUUGUUGUUUUCUGCCGGAAAUAUGAAAAUAAAACAAAUAUGAAUGAA